AUGAAGGUCCGAAGAAGCAAUCCUCGGGGCUAUGUCCCUGCCUGGAGUUUCCUCCCACUCAGCGAGUUUGAAGACGUAGCAGGCGCCCUCAACUUCGACACAGAGGACUGCCACGUCGUUGGUGGUUGUGAUCUGUAUACAACAAAGGCCGCAGGAGGUGACAAGAAAUUAUACAAGAACAUCGAAAACGCGCUGGAAUCGCAAUAUGAAUCGCUCCUCCGGCUCUCCGCCUCCCUCUCCCCGCCCAACGCCUCCCAGGCCGCACAAUCGCUGAACCUAUCGCGUUCAAGUCCCUUCGGUCCACUGAGCGAACAUUCAAGCCGUCGUACCUUCGCCUAUCUCAUCGCGACGCUGAACGCCAGCCAUCCCGAUUAUGACUUCUCCCAUCUCCUCCGGCCAUCCGAUUUCCAAUGCGAGAAAAGCCUAAAGUGCGUGAUGAAUGUCAUCGAUACCGCACUCUUCAACCUCCGCCCCCGCAUGGCGCGUGAUGUCAACCCUCAAACAUCAACCACGGCCUUCGGUCUACGUCCCUCCACCUCCACAAUGCAUUCCUGGGGCCCCAGAAUGUGGAAGAUAAUCGACGAUCAAAUGUCGCUGAAUGAAUGCGCGAUAUUCUGCUAUUCACCAGAGGAAGAUCCCUACGACGGUGAUGAAGGGGCCAUCUGGAGCCUGAACUAUUUCUUCUUCAAUAAGACGCGCAAACGCGUCUGUUACCUAUAUCUUCGCGGAAUUAGUAUCCUCAACCACCUGCCGGAUGGAUCCACGACACCGUCACUGGUUGACAUGCGAAAUGGGGAUGACGGAUCUUUGACGCCGGAUUAUGGGGCGAGGAAACGGGUAAGGUACUGGCUGGGCGAUCCGGUGAGCGGGGCCAGUCCGGAGGAGGAGGAGGAGGAGGAGUACCAGGAGGAGGAGGAGGAGGAGGAGGAGGAGGAGGAGGAGGAGGAGGAGGAUGAAGUGGAAGAAAACCCCCAGGCGUCUCCAAAGCCUGUUAGACCUGUUGUUGAUGAGUUUGAUAAUUAUCUUCUUAGCGAUAAGGAGGUGCAGUCUAGGUCUAGGAGGAAGAGUUCGAUGUGCGCGGUUAGUGAUGAAAUUGCAGAUUCCAUGGAGGUUUAA